AUGGCAGCAGAACGCAAGGAACGCAGCGGCAUCGCCGUUGGAUUGAACAAGGGCCACAAGACAGAAUCCCGCGUCGUCAAGCCGAGAGUCUCGCGCACCAAGGGACAUCUCAGUAAGCGCACUGCGUUUGUCCGCGAGAUUGUCAAGGAGGUUUCUGGAUUGGCUCCGUAUGAGCGUCGUGUUAUCGAGUUGUUGAGGAACAGCAAGGAUAAGCGUGCGAGAAAGUUGGCGAAGAAGAGGCUCGGUACUUUUGGUCGUGCGAAGGCGAAGGUUGAUGAGUUGCAGCGGGUUAUUGCUGAGUCGAGGAGAGCUGGUCAUUAGAUUCCUUUCUGAGAUAUCUCGAUAUGGUUGGGAUGGAUGGAUGGGCGGAGUUGUAUGAAUGAUACUUGCGUCAGUCAGUUGGUUGGUCGGCUUGCUCUUCGUCACGAUGAUUGCAGCAGCAGCAGCUAUGGCAAAUGGAAGCAAUGAAUGACAUUCUACAACACAACAAUUUUGCGGGUUCGAGAGAGUGAGAAAAUGUGAUUUAUGCUAUGUGGUCUUGAUGCAGACCAAAAAGAGCAAUAACGCCUCGCUAUGAUCAAUGCUAACAGACAUCCC